AUGUCUCUGAGAGGUACUAGCACCUACGACAGCAUGGAAGAACGAAUCCGCGGUGCACCAACGCGACUCUACGUCCCCAAGCACGUCAAACCUCUCCCUGCAAACGACUUCACCUUCAAGACCUUGCACAAAUCCAAAGGCCGCACAGCACCCACCUUCACCCCAGAACCCACUUCCCAAUCCCCCCAAAUCCUCGCUUCCUUCCCUCCAGAAAUCAUCUCAUCCAUCUUGAAACAUCUCAUAUCAUUCAGGAAUAACAUCCUCACUUCCAACACCCGCAAAUUCAUCCCCCUUCAACGUUUAGCUGGAGUCCCAUUCUCCUCUGUGUGUCAAACAUGGCGUCUCAACUACUGGACGUUCAUGUUAGGAUCCAGGAGUAAUCGCGAUUCGAGCGCUUACAUCGGUUUGACGACAGCCCAGCUUCGCUCCCUGCGCGAGUGGUUCCCCGAGAUCGCUCCUGUGGGGUGCCUACUGUUUAUCGGCGAUCCCAACGAUUUUCUCCUAGCCGACCCCAAGGAGAGCCUCGUUCAGAAUCCAAGUCUCGACUCCCAGGCUCUCAACGCAGUUGAAGCAGUGGAAUGGGCGGAAGUUUGCUCUAGCGAGACCGUUGAAUCUCGCGUCCCCCGACUCGAGAAGGAACUACUCGAAGUGGCCGAACGUCUCUCGAAGCAGACAGAGGGGGUCGUAGAGGACACACAGCAACUCAUGGUGGACGAAAUCAUAUCCUUGUCAAUGGGGCUAUGUUCAAAGAUCCUCACAUAUCUCGACCUCUUCCCCGCAGUCAAGGUCGCAGAGAUACCGUCCUGGGUUCUCCUCUUCAUGUGGGGCAUCCCAAGUAUCCACACUCGCCCACUGUCGUCCCACCUCGCCGAACUCCUCGGCGUGCCGAUCGUCAGCCCGCAAGACCUCGAAGAUCAGUUCAAGGAAUUAGUGGCUCGGUGGGAGAGGAUGAACGUGGUGGGGUACCAUCUCUGCACCGCGGGGAUAUUCCUUCCUUCCACCAACUAUGAUCAUUUGGCUGCGUUCCUUGUCGAUAAUACGGGAGGCUCGCCAGGGGAUGUCAUGUACGAACGUAUCAGCGCGGCAUUCGCUCAGAGGUUCAACGACAGGAGGCUCAGGUACCCUGUUGAUGCUAUGAAGCAUCUUCGGGGCAUAGGUUUCCGGUCCAGCUCAACAACGGACCUCUACCACGGGCGUUCUAUAUUAGAAAAACUCCUCUACAUGCUAAACGGGCUUGAAGCACUCUCCGAGGUAUGCCUAGUCAACAGCACAGACCGUCAGGACGCAAUCCACCGAAUCUUCACCACCCUCCACGAACUCCCCUUACCCCCAAACUCACAAUCCACACUAACCACCCUCAUCCUCCACAUCAACUUCUCAACACACUUCAAACGCUCCUUCUGCUCCGACCUCAAGUACUUCCCCGACCUCUUCCCCAACUUGCACCACCUCGAAAUCACGGUCCCAAGAAUCUGCAGAGAGCUCUUCCGAGAGAAGCCGGGAGAGCGGUUGUGUCGCUCUAGGGUAAGGGGAGGGACGUUUUAUUUGACGGUACGCCCGAGGCACGCCAUGAUGGAUGAGUGUAAUUCGGAGAAUGAGAUUUAUGAUCACCGGGCGGGGACGGGGGAACUCGAGAUUCUGCAUCUUGCUGAUGCGCAUUAUGAGGAGAUGAAGGAUUGGGAUAUUCAGAUACGGAUUGAAGGCGAUUACGGGGAGGACUCGGUAAAACCAUACCUAAUCCUCCUCCCCAACAAACCCUACAUCCAAGCCCUAACCAUCAACCCCUCCCGCAACCCCGCAAAAACCGAAUGGGGAUGGGAGCAACGUCUAUACCAAACGUCCUUGGCCGAGUUCAAGAAAUGGACUCUCGAAGAGAUCGAUGAAUCAGAGUAUGCAUGUUAUGUCUGGUAUCGAUAUCCUUACUGGAGGCCACUCGACUCAUACGCCAGUACCACUACCGCCACGGCGGUCGAUAGGACUCAUUGGAACUGUGGGACCGUGUCGAACUUAACCCCGGCGGCGGACUCGGGUGAGUUGGAAUACGUCCAACUCCCACAACCCCCUCGGGACGAAUGGGAUUCGACGGAUUACGGGUCUGAUACAGAUAAUGAGCAGUACGGAGGGGAGCUGGAUGGAGAUGAGGGUGUGGUAUGGGCGGUUGUUGAGCCCACUGUCCCCGAGUCUCCAAAUUCGGAUGUGGAGGUAGAACUUGAUAAUCUUUUUUCGUGAUACUGCCGACAUUGCUUCCAAGCCAGGGGCUGAGAUAGUCGACUGUAUAAUACGUUGAUAUGCUCUUAUUAUGUCAAUUGAAAGAUAAAACAAAAAAAAAA